AAGGAAAUGGUUUGAUGUGGACAUGACUUUCUUCCAGGUCAGAGUGGAGCAGGAAACAACUGGGCAAAGGGCCACUACACAGAAGGUGCAGAAUUGGUUGACUCUGUAUUAGAUGUUGUAAGGAAAGAAGCAGAAAGCUGUGAUUGUCUUCAGGGCUUUCAGCUUACCCACUCCCUUGGUGGGGGCACUGGCUCUGGCAUGGGCACCCUCUUAAUCAGCAAGAUUCGUGAAGAGUAUCCGGACAGGAUCAUGAACACUUUCAGUGUUGUACCAUCUCCCAAAGUAUCGGACACUGUAGUGGAGCCCUACAAUGCCACUCUUUCUGUACACCAACUUGUAGAAAACACAGACGAAACCUAUUGUAUUGAUAAUGAAGCACUAUAUGACAUCUGUUUCAGAACCCUUAAGUUAACUACUCCAACAUAUGGUGAUCUGAACCAUUUGGUUUCAGCAACCAUGAGUGGAGUUACCACCUGCUUGCGUUUUCCAGGUCAGCUUAAUGCUGACUUGCGUAAACUAGCAGUUAACAUGGUUCCCUUCCCCCGUUUGCACUUUUUUAUGCCUGGCUUUGCUCCACUCACCAGCCGUGGGAGCCAGCAAUAUCGUGCUUUAACUGUACCAGAGCUCACACAGCAGAUGUUUGAUGCAAAGAACAUGAUGGCUGCAUGUGACCCACGUCAUGGCCGCUACCUUACUGUAGCUGCAGUUUUCAGAGGCCGCAUGUCCAUGAAAGAGGUAGACGAACAAAUGCUUAACGUACAAAACAAGAACAGCAGCUACUUUGUUGAAUGGAUUCCCAAUAAUGUUAAAACUGCUGUCUGUGAUAUCCCACCCCGGGGCUUGAAAAUGUCUGCUACAUUCAUUGGUAACAGUACAGCUAUCCAGGAGCUAUUCAAGCGCAUUUCUGAGCAAUUCACUGCGAUGUUUCGCCGAAAGGCUUUCUUACAUUGGUACACUGGAGAGGGCAUGGAUGAGAUGGAGUUCACUGAAGCUGAGAGCAAUAUGAAUGACCUGGUAUCUGAGUAUCAGCAGUACCAGGAUGCUACAGCUGAGGAGGAGGGGGAGUUUGAGGAGGAAGCUGAGGAAGAGGCAGCAUAAAAAUCUGUCUGCUAGCUACUGUAAAUUAUGUUUAAAGCUGUAUGAACUCCCUUCAGAAACUUGUCUUUAUUGAUGUCUGUGUACCUUCCACUGCUGUUUCCUGGUGACUUCAUGUCGAAUGCUGUAUAGACACCGCAAUUAAAGCAUUUUUCACUGCG